AAUCCCCAUUAUUGAUAUUUAGUAUCAGACUUUUCUUGCGUGUGUUUAUCUCUUUCUCUGAAAUUUUCUGGCUAUAAAAAUCAAACCUUUUGGAGAAUUCUGUCACGUUUCUUGCUGGGUCUGCUGAAUUAUUGGUCUCUGAAUUCUGGGUUUUGAUUGGUUUUGGUUUUGGGCGCUUUGUUUUUUUAAAGGGGGGGGAAUUGGGUUUUGAAGGUUUGCUCUUUUAGGAUUUUCUCUCCCUAUUUAUAUUGAAGAAUCACUUCGAUUUUCAAUCAAAUUGUGAUACUUUGGCUUCUGGGUUUCCAUUUUCUUUUGUGUUUUUCAAAGUUUCUACCCCAAAAACGCUUUGUAUGUAUAUGUUUUAUAGUUAAUUGGUAGCUGAUUUGCAACUGUGAUAUAUUUAUUUCAUAUUGCAAAAGAUUCAACCUUUAAUAUUCUCAGCUAGAAUUGUAUAAUAUUUGCUGUUUUUAGCAUUUGCAUUUGGAAAUUUUGAUCUUUUGAUCAUCAGCUCUGAAUUUGACUAUUGGAGUCAAUUUUUCAUAAGCUUUGAAACAAUUAUUGUGAAAAGUUUUGAAGAUUUGUAAAGAUGACAAUUGAGAAUAUUGCACCAAAGAAGGAGAGGAAGUCAAGAAAGAAUAAAGCAAUUGUUGAUGAAAAUGCUCCUUUGUUGCCCAAAAGAGGGGAAGAGGUUGGGUUUGAUGAGUUUAAUGGAGCCUCCUUUACUGGGGCAGUUUUCAAUUUAUCAACCACAAUCGUUGGUGCUGGAAUCAUGGCUUUGCCUGCAACCAUGAAAGUGUUGGGUCUUGGUCUUGGGAUUACCAUGAUCAUAUUUAUGGCCUUCUUGACUGAUGCUUCAAUUGAGCUGAUACUCCGGUUCAGCCGAGCCGGAAAGUCUUCUUCUUAUGGAAGCCUCAUGGGGGAUGCCUUUGGAAAAUAUGGGAAAAUUUUGUUGCAGGUAGCUGUGCUAGUCAACAAUCUUGGCGUGCUUAUUGUGUACAUGAUUAUUAUUGGUGACGUGCUUUCCGGAACAUCUUCAAGUGAAGGGCACCACGCAGGUGUACUUGAAGGAUGGUUUGGAGAACAUUGGUGGACCGGGCGUACUAUUGUUCUUCUUGUAACAACACUUGGAAUAUUUGCUCCAUUGGCAAGCUUUAAGCGAAUUGAUUCAUUGAGCUUCACGUCUGCCUUAUCUGUUGCCCUAGCAGUUGUGUUUCUUGUUAUUACUGUUGGAAUUACAGUUAUCAAGUUGAUUGAUGGAAGUAUUGGAAUGCCCAGAUUGCUACCUGAUGUUAGUGAUGUUUCAUCAUUCUUCAAAUGCUUCACUGUAGUCCCUGUUCUCGUCACUGCUUACAUCUGUCACUACAAUGUUCAUAGCAUCGACAAUGAACUUGAAGACUCUACACAAAUAAGAGGGGUUGUGCAAACCUCACUUGCUCUGUGCUCAUCUGUAUACAUAAUGACAAGCCUUUUUGGAUUCCUUCUAUUUGGGGAUGGAACUCUUGACGAUGUGCUUGCCAAUUUUGAUGCCAACCUUGGCAUUCCUUAUGGUUCCUUCCUUAAUGAUGCCGUUCGUGUCAGCUAUGCUGCUCACCUUAUGCUUGUGUUUCCUGUUGUCUUCUUCCCCUUGCGGCUCAACUUGGAUGGCCUUUUCUUUCCCUCUUCAAGGCCUUUGGUUCUCGACAACAUGAGAUUUGCACUUGUCACAGUUGGGCUGAUUGGUAUUAUCUUCUUGGGUGCAAACUUUAUACCCAGCAUCUGGGACGCUUUCCAAUUCACCGGAGCAACUGCCGCAGUGUGCAUCGGGUUCAUCUUCCCUGCUGCAAUUACUCUCAAGGAUCGACACAACAUAGCAACUAAGAAGGACAAGAUCUUGAGUAUUGUUAUGAUUGUCCUUGCUGUAUUCUCAAACGUGGUGGCAAUAUAUAGCGAUGCCUAUGCCUUGUUCAAGAAUGCCAACACUCCAUCACCGCGUGAAUGAUCUCCAAUGCAAUUCUCUUAUACGAGAAUUUGCCAGGUUGUGCUCAUGUUUUCAGUGAAGCCAUCGACUGGCUGGAUCAUAUAAACUUUGUUAGAAAGGAAAACCAGGGCUUUCCAAGGGGAUUGAAUAAAAAAUAAAGGAACACUGCUCAAUGUAAAAAGGUGUGUUUGCAACUUUGCUUAGUGUAAGAACUGGGCAUCGCAAUUCUUUGCCCUCUGCAUGUGUGUUGUAUGAAGUUGUUUCCGACAUUGAACUCUGCUAUUUUUGGUACUAGAAUGAAUGAAGCGAGCUGUGAAAAAUGAA